AUGAAGGCGAUACGAAGAAUUGGACGACGUCUUGAGGUCGGAGGAGAACUGAAAGCUGCAGCUGCAGCUACAGCUACUGCUACCUGUUUGUGCAGCUACAGCCAUACAAAGAGCACGACGACAAAGCAUCGUGAAUGCGACGAGUCACUCUUAUCAGCGCCUUUAUCAUUAUCACCACCACCACCACCAGCAGCAGCGAGUAGUCAUUCGAUCAGCUCUGGUCAGUGUGUUCAUCGCAGAUGUGCCAAUUUACUGGCAUAUUUCAAACGAACACUUCGUUUGUGGCUUGCUCGUACCGUACUACUAGUGUUGAAAUCAGCCGUCAUUAUUGAUAAACCUUUAUAUGGUUCUGCUUUUGCCCCUACUGCUACUGCUACUUCUGAUACUACUACUAAUAAUAAUAAUAAUACUGCUACUGCAAAGAGCAAGUUGCAUAGUAGUGGUAGAAAGGUGAGUAGUGCAAGUGAUCGUUUGAAGUGGAAAUGUAAAUUUUGUUCGUCUUCUUGUUUUGAUCAUGACGACGACGACGAGCACUCUGUUACGACGAGUAUUGCUAAUUUGAAUGGUAAUAAAAUUGACGGUAAUAUUAUUACUGUUUCAACGACGAGUGCAGCGAUAAAGAAACGGAAACAAGCAAAGAAAUUAAACGGUACGUUGCGGCGAUUGUAUUCGUUCGAUUUCAGUGAACAUUAG